AUGGAGAAGCCUCUGCCCCACAGCAAGGAAGCAGGAGAGAAGCCCUCACCACCUGCCAACCAAGUCCUUAGCCACGCUUCCCUGAAGACUGUGAUGUUCACCUGCACCCCCUCUCUGAUACGAGCUAGGUCCAGAGUUGCAUACAGGCCAAUUUCUGCCUCAGUGUUAUCUCGACCAGAAGCGAGGACUGUCGAGAGCUCAGCAGUGUUUCAUGGGGCCCAGAACGGUGUGUCUCCGCUCAUCCAGAGCAUGUUUCAACCCAGUGCCAUCCAACAGAGCCACUGAUCCUGUGCCAAAUUUAUGGGUGCAGGAGCCAUUGUAGGAGCGGCUGGUUCUGGUGCUGGCAUCGGAAAGGUCUUUGGCAGCCUUAUCAUUGGUUAUGCCAGAAACCCUCUGCUGGAGCAGCAGCUGUCCGCAUACGCCAGCCUGGGGUUUGCUCUGUCUGAAGCUUUGGUUCUCUUCUGUUCAACGGUGGCUUUUCUGAUUUGGUUUGCCAUGUAG